AUGCCAAAGAUCACGAGCUCCUCCCGCAAACCAAUAAUUCAGGCCCCGCCAGGCGCAGGGAAAAGCAGUUUCGCCUCUGCUAAAUCUUCUGUUAGCCGGGCUACACGGGCUGCACGCUCUGCGACUGCCACAGCGGAUGCCAGCUCACAGGCAAAGAACCGAGUUGCGAAGCUAAAACAAUACGCGGGCCCCUCUCCUAAGGUGGACUGGCACCAAGUCUAUGAAAAAUGCUUGGUUCUCCUCCAAGAGGCUGAUGAAGACUCGGAGAGGCUUGAGGAAAAAAUAAACGAAGCGCGAAGGGAAGCUACUCAAAUCCAGUUGCAGCUACGCAGCGAAGUGAAGAAAGCGACAGCAGAGGUCAGCCAGCUCAACUCGGAAAAACAAGAGGCCAUGGGCAAGAUACAGGCGCUAGAGGGAGAAGUGCGGCGGCUGAAGCAAGACCUAGAGACCACAAAUGUCAGGAACCAAGAUCACGUAGCGUGGAGUGAAAUCUUUCCUGUACUUCAACGGACGCACAGCAACCUGAUUUCUGCCGCUGAUGGGGUCUGGAAAACCUAUGACACGCUACAGAAUAAGCGAAAUGGGACCUUCUUACCUGGAUCUGGGGUCUCCUGGUUAGACCAGCCUAUGCAGCUUGCUGCAAUAGGUCCUAGCUCUUUGCCCGACCUUGCAUUAGCGCCAGACAAUCUCUCAGUGGAUGCUCCGCAAGCACCGGCUCAGCUCGACCAAUACGGGGGACAUUCGUGGAAAGAUAUUUAA